AUCGUGAAGCUUCUGCUGUGGAGAGAUGGCGGCCGCCCACGGAUUCACUUUUAAGCUGAGCAGCCUUUAUCGCAGAGAUGAUGGCGGGGUCGUGUAUUUGUGCGCCAACUGCCAGGUGCCUCUAGGAGACACAAACGACUGGAACGGCAAACUGCAGGCAGAUAGUGUGGUCCUGCUGAAGGCUGUUUCAGAGUUUGUAAAAUGUGACAAAAUGACGAGAUCCAGUGAUCCCGACCAUGCCGGCAGCAAGUAUCAUCCCCUGUACUGCAGUAACUGUGACAGCCCACUUGGCAGGUUUUACUUUGAUACACCACCACAUCUGAUCAACAAGCUGAAUCUCUACAACAUUGACAGCACUGCGGUUAAAGAAUACACAUUGGGAGAGGAUCUUCAUGCCAUGAUCCCUGCCUCUGAAGCCCCACUCACCCUCGAGACAUGUCAGUAUUUUGAUGAAGAAUUUAAAAAGCAACAUGUACUUCUAGAAAUGUUACAGGAGAAAUUGUGCAAGCUGGGAAAUAGAGUUUUGUCUCCUGAGCUGGAUUCCUGAGAGUACAAGAUGACCCCUUGGGCACCAUAUAGAAGCCCUGCCGUUUCAGUGGCAGCACGCUGGCAUACUUCCAUGGGUAAGGCCUCAUGCACAUGACCGUUUUUCGGGUCCGCAUCCGAGCCGCAGUGUUUGCGGCUCGGGUGAGGACCCAUUCGCUUCAAUGGGGCCGCAAAAGAUGCAGAC